AUGUACGACGCUCACGCUAGACCUCCCGAACAUAUGCGAGAGCUUUUCAAAUUAUGGCGGAAACGGUCUGCUGUUGAAGUUGAAGCUGAUCAGCACAUCAUUAACCCACGAGAGCCAGAUUUCAAUAGAGUCUCAGCUUUACCGGAGUCUGAAGUCCUUGCACAACCCGAUAUGGAGAUUUUGACCACGGAUUUUCUCGAUAAUGCCAUAGACAUCGCAGCCACGGGGGCUGAAGACGCUACUUUACCACCACGAAUAGCCUUUGAGGUGAACGGACUGCCUGGUCUCAAAGUGUUUCCUUCCCUCUUGCCUCCUCGACUCCAAGUUGCCUUGCUAGACAGGCUCCUUCAUCGUGAUCUCUCUAAUCCCGUGCACAAGACUAAUCUCAACUACCACCACCAUAUCACCUACCCGCGAAACGCAGGUACUUCAUCUUUAUCUUCAUUCUUCGCUGCACGUCUCGAUAAUGUUAUCUCCCCGAAGGAUUCUUCGACUCACAGACCCAUGACCAUGGCGCAGAUGCUCGGAACCAAAUUGCGCUGGGUCACAUUGGGAGGUCAGUAUGACUGGACGAACAAAAUUUAUCCUGAUAGCGAGCCGCCGCCUUUUCCCAACGAUAUCGCCGCUCUUCUAAAGAGACUAUUUCCUGCCGUUGACGCCCAGGCCGCAAUUGUCAAUUUCUACAGUCCCGGAGACACCUUGAGUGUGCACCGAGAUGUUAGUGAGGCAUCCGACAACGGCCUCAUCAGCAUCAGUUUUGGUUGCGACGGUAUCUUCCUUGUUGGCGGCGACGAUAAUGCUGAUGCUAUAGUCAUUCGGUUAAGGUCUGGGGAUGCAAUUCUCAUGUCUGGGGAAUCCAGAUAUGCCUGGCACGGCGUGCCGAAGAUCCUCCCGGAUACCUGUCCUCCCUGGCUGCAAGACUGGCCAGAUACGGGCCACGAUGAACUAUACCAGCAAUGGCGAGGGUGGAUGAGUAAGAAACGAAUCAAUCUCAAUGUCCGUCAAAUCACCGAAUGA